AAAUAAACAGUAGUAGAUGGCAACUACCUAACCCAAGUACCCAACCUCAUGAAUACGAUACGAAUUCAUUGUCAUCAUUAUCAUCACCACUAGUGGAGUUUCCUUGAAGUAAUCACACAUCUCGAAAUUCGAUUGUUGGUUUUCUUGAUUAUUGAUCCCUUUAAAAUUUACUGAGAGUCAGAGGGAGAUCUGUUGAGGGAAAAAAUGGCUAGGAAAAAGAUUAGAGAGUAUGAUUCUAAAAGACUUCUUAAAGAACACUUAAAAAGACUUGCUGGAACUCAAUUGGAUAUUUCUUCUGUUCAGGUAACUGAAAAAACAGACUUUACGGAGUUAACAAACAAAGAACCAUGGGUUUCAUCUACAAAACUAGUAGUGAAGCCGGAUAUGUUGUUCGGAAAGCGUGGGAAGAGUGGUUUGGUAGCUCUAAACUUGGAUUUAGCUCAGGUUGCACAGUUUGUGAAAGAGCGCCUUGGUGUAGAGGUGGAGAUGGGAGGAUGUAAGGCGCCGAUUACCACAUUUGUUGUCGAACCUUUUGUUCCACAUGACGAUGAAUAUUACCUUUCUAUUGUUUCUGAGAGGCUUGGUAGCACCAUUAGCUUUUCAGAAUGUGGGGGUAUUGAAAUUGAAGAGAACUGGGAUAAGGUAAAGACCAUCUUCUUACCAACAGAGAAGCCAAUGACAUCUGAGGCAUGUGCUCCACUGAUUGCUACCCUUCCCUUAGAAGUUCGUUCAAAAAUAGGAGAUUUCAUAAAGGGUGUAUUUUCUGUAUUUCAAGAUCUGGACUUCAGUUUCGUAGAGAUGAAUCCAUUUACGUUGGUGAAAGGGGAGCCAUACCCGUUGGAUAUGAGAGGAGAAUUGGAUGACACUGCAGCCUUCAAGAAUUUUAAGAAGUGGGGUAAUGUAGAGUUUCCGUUGCCUUUUGGUAGAGUUAUGAGUCCUACAGAGAGUUACAUUCAUACACUUGAUGAGAAGACAAGUGCAUCGUUGAAGUUCACGGUUUUGAACCCUAAAGGAAGAAUCUGGACGAUGGUGGCUGGAGGUGGUGCAAGUGUGAUAUAUGCUGAUACUGUUGGAGAUCUGGGUUAUGCAUCAGAGCUUGGGAACUAUGCAGAAUAUAGUGGGGCCCCAAAUGAGGAGGAAGUGUUGCAGUACGCGAGAGUCGUUAUUGACUGUGCUACUGCAGAACCUGAUGGUCGUAAGAGAGCUCUACUAAUUGGAGGAGGCAUAGCUAACUUCACCGAUGUAGCUGCUACAUUUAAUGGGAUUAUUCGAGCCCUUCGUGAAAAGGAAUCCAAGCUAAAAGCAUCAAGAAUGCACAUCUAUGUUCGAAGAGGAGGCCCAAAUUAUCAGACUGGUCUAGCUAAAAUGCGUUCUCUAGGAGAAGAACUCGGCGUCUCUCUUGAGGUUUUCGGCCCUGAGGCAACAAUGACUGGAAUUUGCAAGCAAGCAAUUGACUGCAUCAUGUCUGCCUCAUAAGCUCUCGGAUUAUUAUCUGUCUUAUUUUUCAUGAGUUGUUUCCAGCAUAUGAGUUCAAAGCUGUUAAUUUUUACAUACUUCUUAUUGUAAAACCCAAAACUACCAGAUAAACAGAUCUGUGAUGGACUCGUAUAAAUAAAAUUUUAAUUCAUAAUUCAAUUGAUAUGAUAUUGGGUUGAAA